AUGAGAAUUGGUACAUUCAAUUGUCGUGGACUAAGGGGUGAUGUGAAAAGGCGUCGUAUAUCUGAGCUUAUUCAAUCUGAGGAGCUAGAUUUUAUUGCGAUACAGGAGUCUAAAUUGGAGAGGUGUGAUCGUGCUUUUUGUGCUCACUUAUGGGGAUCUACAGAGUUUAAGUGGUUUGCUUCUCCUUCUCAAGGUAGGAGUGGCGGUCUACUUUCUAUUUGGAACUCCAACCGAGGUAAAUUGGUGUUUACAUUUUCUAGUUUUGGUUUCCAUGGUGUUUGCUUGAGAUGGGGUGUGAAUGCGAAUAGGUGUGUGGUGGUGAAUGUCUAUUCUCCUUGUCAGUUGGUGGAUAAGCGGCGGUUGUGGGAAGAGAUAAUCAUGUCUAAGCGUGGUUUUGGGAGUUGUUUAUGGUGUAUAGUUGGGGAUUUCAACACGGUGAGAAGACAAGAUGAGAGAAAAAGGGUGAUUGGUGAAUACGGUGCACGGGAUAUGGAAGAAUUCAAUUUGUUUAUAAGAGAUAUGGAGUUGAUUGAUAUACCACUAGUUGGGAAGCGAUUUACUUGGUUUAAAAGUGAUGAUUCUAUGAUGAGUAGGUUGGAUAGGGUGUUGGUCUCAGAAAGUUGGAGUGCUCAAUGGGGCGUAGGAUAUGUGGAGGUGAUCCCACGUGAUGUAUCUGAUCAUUGUCCAUUGAUUUUGAACCACAAGGUACUAAACUGGGGUCCUAAACCGUUUCGCUUUAAUAAUUAUUGGCUUUCACAUAGUGGUAUUGAGGGUGUGGUGGGGUCUGCAUGGGAGAAACAGGUCCAAGGUACAUGGGUCGCACAGAGAUUAAGAGGAAAGCUCUUGAAUGUUAAAAAUGCUCUAAAGAAGUGGAACGUCAACGUGUUUGGUAAUGUGGAUACCAAGAUAAAAAGUUUGACCAAGGAAUUAAAGGAGAUGGAUGCAAAGAAUGAGGAUUACUUUCUUGCAGAAUCAAAAAGGAGUAGGCAAAAGUAG